CUUACCGGCUUCACUCGGACUCUAAUUAGUUUCGUUUCGUUUAAUUUUUUAUCGGAUUUCGGGAAAACUUCUCCGGUCAUGAAUCGGGUUUCUUCGCCCGUGUUGCUGCUGUCGCUGUUGGUGGUUGUUGUCGCUGUGGUGGAGGCGAAUUCCUUGGCCCAGCUGAUAAGAAAUAAAAGGGAAUGGAUCAUCCCUCCAAUGUUAGUAACUGAAAACAAAGAAUACCCCAAAGACAAGAUCAUUGCCAAGAUCCGGUCAGAUUCUGCUCCCACAGAUGGAAGUCUGAGAUACUCCCUGGGAGGCGCUGGUGCAAACCAACCCCCCUACAACGUGUUCAUAGUUAACCCUGAAACUGGCGAUGUCACGGUGACUCGUAAGUUAGACCGGGAGAGUAUCCACCAGUACAACCUGUCAGGCAUUGCUACUUUCCCUAAUGGCUCCAAAGCAGAGAAGGACAUUGAAAUACGGAUCAGGGUUGAAGAUCAGAACGACAACCCUCCAAAGUUUGGCAAAAUAGAUCCAGGAUUUGUGGAUGAACUCAGCGCUAAAGAUACUUUUGUCAUGAAGAUCACGGCGUACGACGCAGAUGAACAGGGCAAUGACAACUCCAAGGUCGCCUACAGCAUCGUGAACCAGAAUCCGUCUCACGACAUGUUCUGGAUGAGUCGGGAUGGAAACAUCUAUGUCAAAAAGGACACACUGGACAGAGAGACACAAGACAAAUACAUUCUGACAGUGUUAGGUCAGGACCUGGACGGCAGACGAGAGGGAAACACUGCAACGGCCACUGUCACCAUAAACAUCCGAGAUGUGAACGACCACCUCCCGACUCUGGAGAAAGAGGCAUAUGAGGGCAGUAUUGAGGAGAACACAGAAGGCGUGGAGGUGAUGAGAAUCAAAGCGGUGGACUUGGACUUGGAGCACACAGAAAACUGGGAAGCUGUGUUCGACAUCAUCGGCGGCAACGAGGCCGGCUACUUCAGCAUCAAGACAGACCCGGAGACCAACGAGGGCAUCCUGAUGCUGGACAAGGCUGUGAAUUAUGAGGAUGUGAAGGAUCUUGAUCUACAGCUGGCUGUAAAGAACAAAGGUUCACCAUAUGGUGCAAUGACCAAUGUAAAUAUGGGUGGAGGAGGUGGUGGAGCUGGAGCUGGAGGAGCUGGAGCCGGAGGAGCUGGAGCUGGAGGAGCUGGAGCCGGAGGAGCUGGAGGAUCUGGAGGAGCUGGAGCAGGUGGAGCAGGUGGAGCACCUGGAGCUGGAGGAGCUCCCGGAGUACCCGGAGUACCUGGAGUACCUGGAGUACCUGGAGCACCUGGGGUACCUGGAGGAGCAGGUAGUACUAGUGCAGGAGGGUCUUCGACCACCACAGGGAAGUACAAAACCUAUCCCAUCAAAAUCAACGUGAAGAACCAGCCUGAGGGCCCGCGUUUCGACCCCAAGGUCAAAGCCAUUCCCAUCCCAGAGGGAGGUGACACUGUCAACAUUAAAGAGGUCAUUGCUCGUUACCCGGCCAUAGAUGAAGAUACUGGGAAACCAGCUGAGAACGUCAGGUAUGUCAAGGGCUCAGAUCCAGGCAAUUGGCUGUCGAUCGACCCAGAGACAGCUGAGAUCAGACUCAACAAGCUGCCUGACAGAGAGUCUCCACAGCUGGUCAAUGGGACAUAUUUUGCACAAGUACUGUGCAUAUCAGAAGACAUGCCCUCUAAAACAGCCACCGGCACCAUAGCCAUCCAGGUGGAGGACUUUAAUGACCAGUGCCCCAAACUGACCAGUCACGUCCAGUCGAUGUGCACCACUGCCGACGCCGUCACCGUGACCGCUGUGGAUGAAGAUGCAUUCCCUAACGGGGCUCCCUUCACCUUCACCGUCAUCCCAGAGGAGACCAAGGGCAAAUGGAAGGUGGAGAAUCUUAAUGAAACCUCGGCCAUCUUGAGGGCCCAGGAAAACAUGUGGCCCGGUUCCUACGAGGUGGCAGUGGAGGUGAAGGACCAGCAGGGACUCGCCUGUCCAGACCUGCAGAGGAUCAAGGUGGAAGUUUGUACCUGCGCGAAUGGGAAGGACUGCAGUUCUCGAGAAGCUCUUGGUUCUCUCCCGGGAGCAGAGUUAGGAGCUUCAGCCAUCGGACUGAUCUUCCUGGGCCUGCUGAUGUUGCUACUCAUUCCUCUGCUGCUGCUCUUCUGUAAUUGUGGUGGGGCUGGUGGGCUGGCAGGCGGCUUUACUGAGAUGCCCUUUGACACCAAAUCACAUCUCAUUGCCUACCACACCGAGGGCCAGGGUGAGAACACGGAGGUGCCCCUACUAAACAUGCCAACACAGGUGGAUGGAGAAAUUGCCAAACUGGCCACCGUGGCUAACGGCACAAUGGCAGUUCCAGUCGGAGCCGGGGGGUUCCAGAUGUCUUCUGCCUCCAUGGAUGGCGCAUUCUACCAAGAUGGUUACACAGGUGGCUACAAAGAUGGAGCAUGGGGAAUGAUGAGCCAGACUGGGAUGAUGAGCCAGGCGGACAUGAUGGGCCAGGCAGGGAUGAUGGGCCAGGGGGGGCAGGGCAGCGGCCUCUACUCGGAGUUUGAGCGCAGAGAGACAGGAGGAAUGUAUGACGGCAUUGCCCUGCCAUGCCACUUCUUGGAACAAUACUACUCUCAGAAGGCAAGCUGUGCAGCGGACAACCAAGCAACGAAGGACAGUCUGUUGGUGUACGACUACGAGGGCCAGGGCUCCUGUGCCGGCUCAGUUGGCUGCUGCAGCCUUCUGGAGACGGACAACGACCUCCAGUUCCUCGAUGACCUGGGACCAAAGUUCAAGACCCUGGCUGAAGUGUGCAGUGGAAAAGAAAUCAAAAUUGAGCGGAAGAAAGAGAUCAACCUGCCACCCAUGCCCACCAUCAACACUGUGACCUCAGUAUCAAGUGUUAUGUCUGCCCAGCAGCAGCCCCCACAGCCACCACCGCAGCCCAAAGUCACUCUCCCACCACCCGAGCGGACCGUGCUGAAGGAGUCUUCAGAGCGUACUCACAUGGUGAGGGAAAACGUGGCCACAGUGAAGGAAAUGAAGGAAGGAGCAAUCAAAGUGAGGGAAGGGAUGACAAACCAAGGCCAGACGGUUCUGCUGCAGCAGCAGCCUGUCUACUACACCACCACCCCCGUCCUGCAGCCUGUAAACUACAUCGUUCAACCACAGCUUCAGAACACGAUGCUGCUGGCUGAGACUCCGGCCACCAACCUGCAGGGCAUGAUCGUGGUUAACGGCGCCCAGACGGCGGCCGCCCCAGGCAUGGUGUUACAGGGGCAGACAGUAAUGUCCGGCACACCAGUUCAGGGCCAGAGCAUGGUGCUUGUGGAGAGAGGUGGGGCUGUGGGGCAGGGAGUACAUGUGGAGGGGCUUGGCACCAACCUGAUCCACACUGGCAACCUGUCUGGCUCCCAGGCCAUGAUGGUGGUGGAGGGCAAAGUCCCAGUGGGAUCCACACAGGUGCUGCAGGGUAGCCAGGCUCGCCUUGUGCAGGGAGGCACUCUGCAGCGAGGAGGUCUUUCAGGGUCUCAGAGUGUGCUGGUGGUCGAGGGGCCAAAAGCCAGUGGAGGGCAGCUGGUCCAGGGCGCAGGACUUCUCUCAGAAAUUAGUGGUCUCUCUGGAUCCCAAAGUGUCCUCUACACCAAAGGCGGCGCUUCCAGCAGCUCUCAGUAUGGCAGCAUGGCAGGUAUGAACGGAUCUUCAACCACAGUGAGCACAGCCGCUGGCCACCCUAAAGUGUUGGUGCAGGAGAAAAGAGUGAUCACCACUGAGAACAUCACUGGAUGAGGACUUUGUACAAUAACAGAUAAUAGCAAAAUGCCUGGGCAAAACCAAAUAACAGGGACGAUACUUUGUUCAGGUCUGUCUUUCAGUCAAAAAGGGUGAAUGUUGGCAUAUUUUAUGCUGUUCAAACUUCUGGGGGCAAUCUCUCAUUUACUUUGAUGAGAACUUCAAUAAAACUGUACAUCUCAGUUUAUUGGUAGAGGGCAUGUUGCAACAUAUUGACAAGGAUUAAAGCCUCAUGUGCCUGCAUGGAUACACUGUUGAGUUUCAUACUGUAUGGUGUUUCAGAAUAAUGUGGAGUGUUUCGUUGCAGUGCUAGUGAGCAGAGAUCGGUGUAUGAUUUGAGCAUGUGUGUAGCAUACAUAUAAUUUUUCUCUGAGUUUUGUUUUUUGUCCUGAAUUCCUAUUAUUAUUACUACUAGGCAUCUACUAGGCAUGCAAGUGCAUCAUUUAUGCGGCUUAAAUGUGUUAUCCCUCAGUUAGCCUUUUUUCUUUUUCUUUGUCUAAUAUUGUUUGUAGAUGCAAAGUCCACAACAUUCCAUGUUUCAGUGCUUUGAAAGGAAGAUAAUUCCUUCCGUUUGACAUUGUACACUUCUUGUGCCACCAUAGUCCACAGUGGCAUGACAACAAAGGCCAAGCUUGAUCACUUAAUAUCACUUGAACUUUGUCAACAUCAGAACAACAACGAAUAUUCACAAACCAUAACUGCAUUCCAUGGUGAUGGCAUCCGUAUCUGGAAAGCUAUAUUUGCCAUCUGAUAUGCAUGUAAAGCAUUGAAGUAUUAAAAUUGAGCUAACCAGACAUGUUGAGGGAGUGCUGCUCAAUAGGUGUGGUUUAUGACUAGAGGAGAAUUGCAGUUCAUCGCUCAUAAAAAUCCUCCGCUGAAUGACAAGUUCUCACGACACAUCCUGACUUACAUAGAGAUCACUCAGUAGCAGAAUUUCCUGCACUUUGUGUGAAUCACUGGUUAGGAAUAAAGGAGUAAAUUCUUCAGUCAUUACUGUGGUUAUAUAAUAAUUGUUUGCUGUUACAGCAUGCCUAUAGCAAUGCCACUAUUUUCAGAAGAACUGGCAAAUGGGGAUGGCCAAGAAUAUAUUCAAACGAUAAAAAUAUCAUAUUGAUAUACAAGACUCAUAAUUAAACUUGUUUUUGCGAACCCCAUGAUGUAGCAAUGAUUCAGUUGCUACAGAAAUAUUUUAAGACAAAUAAAAUGUACCAUCAAGUAUCAACAAACAGGAUAAUAAUGGGAAGACGUGUGUUAUCAGGGAUUCUAGAGGAAGAAAGCAAUAUGUCAUGAAUGCAGCAAAUGGUCAAGCACUCAGAAACUAUACAAGACUCUGCAUGCCUUAAUUUCUGCUCACUUGCACUUUGGUUUGUGGUUACCCUGCUUGGUCUUAACAUGGCCUACUAUUGCACAAGUGUUUUGUUUGCUCAGCUUAGUCUCUUUUUUUUAUAGUGUAAUUGUUGCUUUGAAAACAAUGUGCUAAGUGUAUACUGUUACAACAAGAAUGAAUUGAGUUCUUUACCUGUUAGUGUCGUAAUUUGGUGCUUUUUUUUUUUUUUAUCAGUUUUUCAUUCCAAAACUAUUUCCACCUGAUAUAAGAAAAUAAUUUUAAUGGUACCCUGUAGUUAAGAAGCUAUACAAUACUUGAAGACAGACAAAAAUGUUUAAGGUUUGUCUUCUGAUGUUCAUUUUGUAUGUUUGACACAAUGUAAUGUGUAAUGUAAAUGAUUUCUAAAGAGCUAUUUUUUUGUUUCCAUGUGUUGUGCAGAUCAUGGUCAUAAAUGUUCGCAGCUGAUGCAGUGAUAUUUAUAUUGUAAUUUUCAAACAACAACAAAACACAGGGCUUCAUUUGUCAUAAUACAUGAAUAUAUUUACUUUUAUUAUUGGGUCAUUUUAUUCUGUGCCUGCACUGAGAAUUUUUUGGCAUAAUGGUGGGUUUGUUUCAGAGAUAGUUCAUAGAAAUCAUCAUUGAUGUCAAUCUUGAUUGUAUAAGUGAUGCUUACUACACUAUUGGUACACCAAAAAGACCACUUGACAUGUCGCGUAACAGAACUGGCAUAUUCAGGCUGUCUCCGUGAGAUAUAAAUGCACAAAUACUUUGCCAUUUUCCAGCAUCAUUGGGUUUAAGUUUGUCUCUCCUUCCUCAUGAAAUGCGGCUGUGGUGCUUAGAAGUGAUGUAAAGAUUUGUUUGAAAAUGUACAAAACUUUUUUUUAA